AUGAAUGGAUGCGACGAGGUAGAAAAGGUGCGGUUUCGCAUGGUUUUCACUGCCCCUACAUCAAGUUCUACAAUCACCACAAUGUCCAAAUGGCUCGAGGUCGCUGUUGAGCCCGCACAAAUCCAAUUGUCUCAGCAGAGGAUUUCAGCUGCCCCGGUGCAGCGUCUUUCUCAGCUGUCCAUAUCGCCUGCAUUGUCACUCUGCAUGGAGCCUAGCCAUCAGAUCUCCCUCUCACAGAUAUCUGAUAUGUGCAAUGCGCUUGCUCAAUAUGCGACGUCUCAUGAGAAUCAACAACCGCUUGGCUAUGUUAGCGAUGGGUCGUACAGGCCUGUUUGUACUGAAAAGCGACGAAAGGACGCUUGGACUCGCAGUCACUUGAAGAGUUACUUCAACAAUCAUCUCUUUUCCUUCCUUCUGUUGACCGCGGCGUUGAUUUCUCAAGAAGAGAUCGCCUGUACUGUGAUCCAAUUUCAGGGCAAUUGGCUUCCAGAGAGCUGGGGUUCCGGCAAUAUCUUAAUAUCAAAGACUGCGAAUCUCGCGGAAGCUAUUCGUUACCCCAUUUUUGACUCGGAAGUUGGCCGACACCAAAACAGUGGAGGGGUGUUUACGCUCGUCUCAGGUCUGCAACGGGACUCUUUUCCAGCUCGGGCUAGCUCUGAUCGAGCUCUCCUUGUGUCGGCCUAUGUCCUCACUGCAGAACUGUGA